UGAAUGCUCUUUCUUAGGUAUUUGCUUCCAGUGACCAGGACUUGAACGAAGCAGAAUCUAAUCUCAUAGCCCUAGUGAAAGAAAAAUCGAGAAAGAAAGAGAUCCAUCAUGAAGCGAUUGGCACACUUUCAGAGAGCCAAAAUCAACGGAUUAUGCAGUUUCAGACAACGCAUAAUACUACAAUCCAAAUAGACAAGAAAAUCAACCGCAUUGUUGUUCGGGGCGAUUCUGAAGAUGUAUUCAUUGCUACUAUAGCUAUCAAUAAAAUAUUGAAUGAAAAAUCUAAAGAAGAAGAUGGUCGUAAAUUUGCUGAGCUGUUGUCCUUGAAUGUACAGUGGGCUUACGUGUAUGACGGUGAAGCAAUUCCCUACAACAUCGAAACUAAUGCCGCAAUAGAACAAGCGCAUGAAUGUAAGGAGCCAUUUUUUAUCGUGAAUCUGGCUGAAGAAGAUGGCAUAUCUAGUUACAAGAUUGAUUUCAGAGAAAUGACAGAAACUGAUCUGGAAACCAAUGAAACUAUUCAAGUAGAGAGAAAAGUGAAAAYAGCAGGGAUUCGGGUCCCGGGUAACUGGGAUCCGCAACCGUCAGACAGUGAUGGUAAAGAACUGGUCGUUCAUCUGGUUCUUCUGGACCAAAAUUCGAAAGAGUACGAUGACGUCAAGAAGGCCGUAGAAAAGACGCGCUCACCGACCAAUAUCAUUAAGAUUGAGCGAGUACAAAACCCUUCUCGCUACAGGGCAUACAUGGUGAAGAAACAGGAACUGGAUGACAAAAAUGGCAGCAACGAAAAAAAGCUGUUCCAUGGGACUGCUCCUGAAACAUGUAAGCUAAUCAACCUCAAGGGGUUUAAUAGGAGCUAUUGUGGGAAAAACGCAACCUAUUUUGGAARAGGCGUUUACUUUGCUCGAGAUGCUUCAUACUCGAUGAGUACUAAAUAUUCUCCUCCAGAUUCAUCAAAAAACCGCUACAUAUAUCUGGUCAACGUACUGGCAGGGGAGUAUGCAAAGGGAAGUCCGGCUACUAUUUCACCACCGCCAAAGGACCCUAACAUUCCUACAAUAACCUAUGAUAGUGUGGUGGAUGACGUUUCAAACCCAUCAAUGUACGUUGUUUUCCAUGACGACCAAAACUAUCCAGAGUACYUGAUAACGUUUCAGUGAAUUAUCUUUGAGCUGAAAGAAAUAGUUCAACUUGUAUAAUAUUAUUUUGGAAGUGCCACCUCCCAACGCGUAGCUUA